AGGCUCAUGCGCGUCGUGCUCCUCCUCAGCCAUUACGGUGAAAAUGGGCAUCGAGAGGACGAUGCUGGACCGGUUCCCGGAGAUCUACGAGGUGGAGGCCGUGAUGCCCGGCUUCAAGAUCCCCACGGAGGAGGGCAUCGAAGAGGUGCUGAGCAGCAUCGCGCCCUUCCUGUCGGUGAGCGGGGGCACCAUCGAGUUGCUCGAGUUGGACGAUGGCGAUGGUGUGAAUCCAAGGCCCACCAUUGUGCUAGGCAUUGGCGGCCCACCGGCGAAGAACACCAGCCUCAAGGCGGAGGUUCUUCGGAGGAUGAAGUCGGUCUACGGCCAAGCUGAGAUUCAGAUGCUGGAGAUGGCUUUGGAGGAAGAGUGAGCGACCCUUUGCGGACAA